CCGUCACUAGUCGUCGUCGCCAUCUCUUCGGGCACUCGCUUAAGAUUCGAUCAGAACCUGAAAUUUCGCACGCCUCCGCUGAUCGACGCGUUCAUCGGAAUAUUCCAUAUUCGCCGCGAUCAAAUCUAAAAGAGGUUUUAGCUAGGGUUUAGGUGAAUCUAAUGGGGAAGAAGGAGAACGAUAUGUCAGCAAUGGAGAUCGACGAUCCGAAGUCGGACGGCUCCGAUCAGAUCCUCCCUAGGUUCUCGAUGAACGUUCUGCAGCUGAUGAAGACUUCUCAGGCUCAGCAUGGUCUGCGUCGUGGUGACUAUUCUCGUUAUCGGAGGUAUUGCUCGGCACGGUUGAGGAGGCUAUACAAGUCCUUGAAAUUCACUCAUGGCCGUGGCAAAUACACCCGACGAGCCAUUCUUGAAUCAACUGUCACCGAUGUUAGGUUUCUUCAUGUGGUUUUCUACAUGGCGGAAAGAGCAUGGAGCCAUGCGAUGGAGAAAAGACAGCUACCAGAUGGGCCUAAUGCACGGCAGCGGAUUUAUUUGAUUGGGAGGCUGAGGAAGGCAGUUAAAUGGGCUACGCUUUUCUCAAGUUUGUGCUCUGUUAAGACAGAUUCCAGGACAUCUCUUGAAGCUGAGGCAUAUGCUUCCUAUAUGAAAGGCACUAUGUUGUUUGAGCAAGAUCAAAAUUGGGAAACUGCGUUGGCCUGUUUCAAAAACGCAAGAGCUGUUUAUGAGGAACUAGGGAAAUAUGGUGAUCUAGAGAACCAAGUUCUUUGCCGGGAACGAGUUGAGGAGCUUGAGCCUAGUGUUCAGUACUGCCUACACAAAAUUGGCAAAGCAAACUUGCAGACAUCUGAACUACUUCAGAUUGGUGAGAUGGAAGGCCCUGCCUUGGAUCUUUUCAAAGCAAAGAUAGAGGCUGCUAUGGAAGAGGCCAGAUCUCAACAAGCUGCAUCUCUUACAGAGUUUAAUUGGCUUGGCUACAGAUUUCCAGUUUCCAACCCAAAAUCUCGGGUUUCUAUUUUAAAAGCUCAGGAACUUGAGAAGGAUCUACAGGGCCCAACAGCAGAAUCGCUCCCUGCAGAGAAAAAGCUAACCAUAUUUGAUAAACUAUUCACUGCAUAUAAUGAUGCGAGGAACACCAUACGCAGUGACUUGGUAAGUGCAGGAAAUGCUGAGUCUGUUAAAGAUGAGCUAAAUGGUCUGGACAAAGCUGUUGGAGCUGUGCUAGGACAGAGAACCAUUGAAAGGAACCAGUUGUUGGUUAAAAUAGCAAAGAGUAAACUAAACAGGAAACGUGAUGAUAAGAAUGAAAAGGUUACUAAGCCUGAGGAGCUUGUUCGAUUGUAUGACCUUUUAUUACAGAAUGUGGCUGAUCUUUCUGAUCUCAUUAGCUGUGGACGAGACAGGAAACCUGAAGAGAUUGCCUUCGAAGAAGAGUGUGAGCGCAAAAGCUUAGCCUUUCGUGCUGAAAGGUGCUUCUACUUGGGAAAGUCUUAUAGUCUAGCAGGGAAAAGGGUUGAAGCAUAUGCCUUGUUUUGUCGUGCCCGGUCUCUUGCUGAAGAUGCCCUGAACAAGUUUCAGAGCAUAGCAAACAAAGACGAGGGAAUAAUCCAGGAACUGAAGACACUGAGCAAAGAAUGCAGAGCUAGUAGUUGCAUAGAACAUGCGACGGGGAUAAUGGAAGAAGAGAAGGCGCCAGAGAAUCUGUCAAAGAAAAUCUCAACUAUAUCACUAAACGAUACAGCCACCAAGGCGGAGAAAUACUUGUUAGACAAACUAGAUGUGUAUGAAUCAGCGGUUGGAGAUGCAAACACAAAGAUGGCCCCAAAGAUUGAAAGGUUCCCACCAGCAUUCCAAUCGAUACCUCGUAAUCCAAUUGUGCUAGACCUCGCCUACUAUUGCGUAGAGUUCCCGGUCCUUGAAGAGAGGAUGAAGAAAGUCCGGGGAGGUUUCUUGAGGUUUUUCAGAUCAGGUUAAAAAAAAGAAUCUCUGAUUUAUUAGUGUCCUUUUGUUUUCACCACACUCUCUGAAACUACUUGUUUUUGCUCUUUUAGCUUUCGAAAAAAAAAAACAGCCAGAUGCAUCAGAUUUUUUAUUUAUUUUUUUUAGACUAUCACAAUUAAUUAGACUUGAGUAAUAUAUUUUGCUCUUC